UUUCUCGCAUUAAUUUUGUUAAAUAAUAAACUGAUAAACAUUCGUGUGAAGCAAAUUUCUUACGCAAAGGCUACGAAUUCGUCGAUAGAAAUUAAUAUUAAAGUAUAAAUUGUGAAAAGAUAAUAAGAAAAAAAAAAUUCUAUUCUCAGUGUUUUCAUUUCCCUUCUUUUUCGAUCGGAGCGAGUUUUAAAAUCGCGCGCCGGAAGUCGUCGCGAGCGAGAGUUGGCGCGCGCAUGCGACGGUAGCGCGGCGGCGGCGGCGACGACAACGACAACGACAACGACGGUGACAAUUCCGUCGCCAUUUUGUUCGCUCGUUACAUCGCAAACAGGCGAGGUACAGCGUGCAGCGGAGAGAUAAGUCGUUUCUGCCAAGGGAAAAAAAAGGCAGUUUUCUAGCAAAGCCUUGGACCCGUUUCGUCCUCCCGCUUCUCUCUUUCUCUCUCUUUUCUCCUUCAUCUUUCACACUCCUCCGUAUCUCCCGCGUAUCGUUCUUUUCUCCUGUUCCUCGUCGGGCUGCGGUGCAAGCAGCAAGCAGCGUUGAUGAUUGGGAUUCCGCGGGACGAUCGACACAAAAUCACGGUCAAGAUCCGCAACAACAUGAAGAGGAGCUCGAGUCGCGACACCCCGCCUCCUCGCGUCAAGCGGAGCCGCUCUUCCAUGGGACGAUACGAUGACUCCAGCGACGAGCGCAUCAGCCCGGAGAGGAUCCGGCGACGGAGCCGAGGCGCGAGAAGUCCCAGCCCGCCCACGCGGGCCUCCUCACACGCCCGCUACGUUGAAUCCAGCUCCCAUCGGGACGAGUAUUUGCGCGCGUCGCGCGACGUGCCGCGGGAGCGGCCGUACAGCUACAAGAUGCUCUGCGUCAGCUCCAUCCAUCCGAAGGCGAGCGACGAGGUGAUCAAGGAGACGCUGUACCGGGAGUACAAGAAGUUCGGCGACUUCUCCAUACAGAUCUCGCACGAACCGGACGAGCGCGUCGCCUACGUGUGCUUCCGCAGCUCGGAGGACGCCCGCGACGCCAAGCACGCGAAGCCCCGCAUCAUCAUGUACGACAAGAUGGCCCUGGUCGAGCCGGUGUACGACAGACCCGAGACCUACCGCCGCCCGCGGUCGAUCACGCCGCCGGACUACGAGAGGUACUACGCCCGGUCGCCCGGGCCCACGGAUCGGCACAGGCCGCUCGAGCGUUACGAGCGCGUGUACGGGCCGCCGGUGGGCCUGCCGCCGCAUCGCGAGAUGCGCCGCGAGACCAUUCCGCCGCCGCAUCACGAGUUCGUCCGGCCGCCGAUACAUCCGCACGGGCCGCCGCACGUUCACCCGGGGCCGCCCCAUCAUUACGGACCGCCGCGGCACAUGAUGAUGCGCCAUCCGGUGCACGGUUUCGAGCGGGUGGAGAACAAGAAGGACAAGUUCCCCAAUUAUCUGCACCACGUGUCGCCGGAGGACGACCCGCUGGCGACCAGGACCCUGUUCGCCGGCAAUCUGGAGAUCAACAUCACGGAGGAGGAGCUGCGCCGUAUAUUCAGCAAGUACGGCAUCGUCGACGACAUCGACAUAAAGCGUCCGCCGCCCGGCACCGGCAACGCGUACGCCUUCGUGCGCUUCCAAACCCUCGACAUGGCUCAUCGAUGCAAGGUGGAGCUGUCGGGUCAGUACAUCGGCAAGUUUCAGUGUAAAAUCGGCUACGGCAAGGCGACCCCGACGACGCGGAUUUGGGUGGGUGGCCUGGGACCGUGGACCUCCGUGCCGCAGCUUGAACGGGAGUUCGAUCGAUUCGGUGCGAUAAAGAAGAUCGACUACAUCAAGGGUGACAGCAACGCCUACAUUCUCUACGACUCGAUCGACGCUGCCCAGGCUGCAGUCAAAGAGAUGCGUGGCUUCCCUCUGGGCGGGCCGGAUCGUAGACUAAGAGUGGAUUUCGCCGACGUGACGCCGGGCUUCGGCUUCAAGCCCAGAUCGUAUACCGAGGACAGCGGCGACUUCAGACCACGUCCAGUCGACUACGAAUCGCCGUACGAUCCUUACGGGCCUGACGGUGAAUUCGGUUACGGGCCGCGGGGCUUCCGGGGCGGAAGGGGCAACGCGCCGUGGCACGACCGACGUGGAAGCUCUCGAGGUGGUUACAGAGGCUCCUAUCCCGAGGGCUACGUACGCGACGAGACCGACUGGUCGAGUAGAAGACCGCCGCCGGAAUUGGAGUACGAGGCGCCACGUGGUCUCAGACGAUCGCUCUCGCGCGAGCCGGGAGUCGACAGGUCGAGAUCGCGUUCACCGCGUAGACGGCAGAUAGAUUCGGACUCCGAUUCAGAGAACGCGCGCACAGGAAUGCUGUCGACGUCCCGUACGCUACCGGACGUGGCGCGCAAGUCGAUCGCGGUGUGGCAAGGCGCGUUGAUACUGAAGAACUCGCUGUUCCCAGCCAAGUUUCACCUGACCGACGGCGAGACCGAGAUAAUCGACUCUCUGAUGAAGGACGAGGAGGGUAAGCACAUGCUGCGCAUUACCCAGCGGUUGCGUCUCGAUCAACCAAAGCUGGACGACGUGUCUAAACGGAUCCAAACGUCGAGCUCGCAUGCCAUCUUUCUCGGUUUGGCCGGCUCGAGCACCGCGGUCACGAACGAGGACGCCAAUGUGCAAACACGACCGCUGCGCAAUCUGGUCUCCUAUCUGAAGCAGAAGGAGGCCGCCGGUGUCAUAUCGUUACUGAACAAGGACACGGAGGGCACCGGUGUGCUCUACGCCUUCCCACCCUGUGCAUUCUCGACGGAACUCUUGAAACGCACGUGCCCCAGUUUGAGCGAAGAGAGUCUCAAGGAGGAUCACCUGGUGAUUGUAGUGGUGAAGGGGGGUAGCGCCUAAGAAAAAUUCUUAAUAUCGUCUUGUGUCCGUAUUUUCUAUAUCGUAUAAGUGCAAAGAUUCUUCAAUACGCGAUCCUUAAGGAGCUUUUCUAUCUUGAUCGUUUUGCGAGGGAAUACUUGUCUCAAAAUGGAUUGACCGAAAAGUAUGACAUUUUGUAUUUAAAAAAAAAACUGUAAAAUGAAGAAAAAUUUUUAAUUUUUUCCAUAUAAAAUGUUUAGCGCUGCAAAAUCUGCAUUUUGGAAAUUGUGCUGCAUAAUCUGAAGUAUAGAGUAUUUGUGACGGUAAAUAUUUUAUGUGGAAGAAACUGAGAAUGUUUCCUCAUUGAACAGUUUUUUAGACAUCAAGUUAUAUAAAUGAAUAAUUACAUUGUUAAAAUGUCGUGCUCUUCGUUCAGUCCGUUUUCAGGAAUGCAUCUCCGCGCCGAACGAUCGGCAAGCCUCUUAAACUGCGAAAAACAAUGUACAGAACUUGUGAGAAGGAGAAUUUGUGUUUUUUGAUCGAUGUAAGUAUUUCGCUUUCUACUGGCUUCCAGACACGAGUUUAAUCUCAUAUGAUUGUAGACGGUAUACUUUGAUACUUUUUUUUAUACUAAUGUACAUUGCAUUGACAUGGGAGUGUCAGGUAUAUUAUAUCCCACAAUCAGACAUGUGAUAGGAGCUGGCAGUGCCCGACGAUCGACUCGCGAGUUUAUGCCAGUCGGCUGGAUUUACACGAAAAAUUGUGCGAAUCCGGACGCUUACGUGAAUUAGGCAGUCGAAAUUAGGCAAUGCGAGUUUUUAUCAUGAAGACUUAAUCCUUGUAUAGUUGUAAACUUAACGAUAGAGACGAGAGGAUGACGCAACUUUGAAAUAUUACUGAAAGACAUUGUGUUCUCUGUAUAGUAAUCUUGAUUUGUGAUAUAUUUUUCCAGAAUUACGACUGCUUCUCCGUAAAAUGCACACACAUCGCGUCGACGUUACUGUUAACGCCGAGAAAUUAGAGUACUUAUUUUCUAUCAAAAAACACAACCUAUUGAUACCGUUCCCUAGUUUAGAUUUAUCAGGUAGCGAUUACCAAAUGGUAAAGUUUCUAUUCGGCAAAAUCGUUAUUGACCACACUAUGAAUACUAUGAAUACUGUAAUCCUCAUUACCAUAAGUGAAUGCUAUUAAUUACUUUUAGUAGUACAAGAAUCUAUUAAGAAUCUAUUUGUAUUAUAUACGUGUAUACAUUACAUAACUAUCUAUACGUACAUAUUAGUAAUAAUAUUGUGCACAGUUCUUUCACAUUUGCAAGCAUAUAAAAUUAAUGUGAUUAAGUUUACUUCUUGGCCAAUGCAAAAAUGGAUUGUCUUCUCGAGACCUAUUUUUUACAUAUGUGUGCACAUAAAAAUAAAUACCUGACGAAUGAUUGGCUUGAAAAUAAUGAAAUUAAGAAAGGAGAUUCUUUGAUAAUUUGUAGAUUUUUGAAAUAUUAGAUACGUGGAAAGUCUUAGAUACAUUUUCAUUGAUAUAAAAAUUAUAUACUUUUAAACUGUAAUUUAUUAAGAGUGGUAUAUAUUAUUUUGUACUCAAAAGUACUUUCAAGUGUAACAAAUAGUAUGUAACUCUUAUAACGAUAUGAGAACACGCAUAUAGAUCGAAAGGAAAAAAAAAUUUAAUUUUUAAUGUAAAAUCACAAUGGCGAAAAAUGUGAAAGGUCUGGGUUAGAGUACGUUUGAUAUGGAAAAUUUAUAUAAUUAAUCGUUUCACGACUUAUUUCUGUAGAUUUCUCUUGUGUGGCAUAACAUUUAAGUGAUUGUGCAGUAAGUAAAAUCCGUGAAUGUAGUUAAAGUUUUUUAAAGUUUUGGACUGUGCCCAAAUGAGUGAAGACAGUGAGAGGAAAAAAAAAAGAUCAAAUCCAGGAAGAGACAGAAAUCCGCUUGACCGCAAAAUAAAGUUUGUCCAUCUGUGUUUUCAUAAUGUCAACAGAAGUUUAUUCCUUUUUUCAGUGAGGACUGGUUUCUUUUCGUCUAAAAGACAGUGUUUGGUGGCAUUAACAAAAAAAAAAAAAAGAAUGAGCUCUGAACAUGUGUCUAGUGAAAUGUAAAGAAAAAGUAAAGUGAUUUGUGCUCCGCGUUCCGGUAUGGAGAGGGGAGCAUCAUCCCCGCGACGUCCGAAGGUGGUAUAUUUUUAUAUUCCCCUUCGGACAUCACAUCGGGAGAAAGGUGCGUCUCUGCCAUACCUGAAUGCGACUGAAGGUGCAGUGGUUAAGUAUAUUUAGUGUUUGAACGGAAAAAAAAUAGAUGCAGUUUAUGUAGAGAGAAAAAAAAUUACAAAAUGUGUCAAUUUUCUUGGUACCGUUCUUCACCUGUCAAAAAUCUCGAAAAUUCUCGAUUGAACGUUUACAAGUGAUAUCAAUUCAAUUCCACAGAAAUGCUUCCAUUCGCGAUAUUCGAGGAAAUUAAAUGUUAAAGAGAAAAGAGCUUUGAUCAGAGACGGAGAUUAGGGGCCAGUAAGAUAAAUCGGACGUUCACGUUGAGUCGAUUGAGAACGUUGGCGUCGCAACUCCUCGAUUAAAAAAAAAAAUGCAUGCAUGUGUCCGGGAGAUAACAAGUUAGACUGCUUUCGAUCUUGACAAAAAGUUCAGUUUAUAAAAUUCGAUCUUUCGCUCUCGUUAAGUGAAGUUUAUGUCGUGCAACAUGGUGCUGUGAUAAUCAAUCGUUUUAGCAAUGACAAUCCGGGAGGGGUGGGGAAAAAAAAAAUGAUUUCGAAAAACGACGCGACUAUGUAGGUCGUUUAAAUUUCAAGUGUUUGGUGUCAGCCGAGUAACGUCAAUUCUCUCGAUUUCUCGCGCGGGCGAGGAGGCUGCCGGCGCGUAUCACUCGUCGCCUCCCUCUCUCCCCCACCCCCCCUCGUUGUGACGUUUCCUUAGUGUUUUUCUGUGGCUUGUGGAUUCCGCCGGGCGGGGAGAGAGAAGCAGAGAUAAGGUCGUCGCGAAAUUAACUUUCACCCGGGAAACGCGUAGUUGUCGAAAUUCUAUUUCGCGCGCGAUAAGAAUAUAGCUGGUGUCGUCUGUCCGUCGUAUCAAAAUUGUGCAUCUGGAGUUAGUAAUCGCGGAACUGUAACGAGAGAGAAAGAGAGGGAGUAAGAACUGUAGGAAAAGACACAGUGAGCGGGCGAGAGUCGUAGAGAAUCUAAAAUCAUCCUCUCUCGAUUCUGUGUGCGGGCAAAAAGUCAAAGUGAGUUCCAUCAGUGAGUGCUGUGCCGCUCCUUAUUUCGCCCGCCACCGCAGUAUUUUCCUCGUAUCUCUCUCGCUGGACUCCGGCGUGGAUUGGCUGCACUACACGGAAUUUCGUCGCAGCUUCUGGCUGUGUAAAGAAAGAGAGAGAGAGAGAGAGAUAAAAAAAAUGUGUUUUCAGAAAAAUCUGUUUCAGAAUCCACCCACGGAACGGAAGGCAGAUCACGCUCGCGAUCGGAGAUCGUCUCUCUUGUUUGUAUCCAGACUUGAACAAAAAAAAAAGAGAAAAGAAUAAAUCACAGACCUAAGACAA